CAGUUCACUGCUCCAAGAAACUGCACGUGGAAGAGUGACAUUCUGUGUGUCAAGAGAAAGGAAGGAAGGAGCCAGAAGCCGUGACCCGAGUGUCCCCUGGCCAGCAGCUGCCCCUGCUUGGAUGAGGAAGAGGAACCAUGCCUGGUGGCGGGCCAACAAGGCCAUGGAGUGUCAGUGAUGACCGCUGACUGCUCCGUCCGACCACAGGGUCCCUGUGUCGGCCGCUCCUCGCCCCGUGGGCUCCAGAGGAAGGCCAUGAGCACCGGUGGGCAGUCUGGACGGCCGUGCUGCAGGCCGGGGUUCGGUGAUCAUGCCCAAGCCCACCGAGCACCAUGACCGCCCCCUUGUGCCUGGUCCCCGGUGCGGGAAGUUCCCGCGAGUGAAGUGUGCCUGCCGGGGCGCCCCCAGGACUGUGCCACCUGCCGUGCUUGCCGGUGAUGGGGAGCGAGCCGACGUGAGGUUGCGGCGGCAGCGGCAGCCGCCCGAGAGGAGUCCGUGACGGCCCCGACCAUGCUGCGGGCCGGGGCCUGCGGAGGCCACGCGUGGGUGCUCUGGUGCUCCACGCGCAGCCGCCUCACCUGGCUCAGCGUCACGCUCUUCCUGCUGCUCGUGGGCUUCCCGCUCAUCGCACACCACUACCUCACCACGCUGGACGAGGCUGACGAGGCAGGCAAGCGCAUCUUUGGGCCGCGGGCGGGCGGUGAGCUGUGCGAAGUGAAGCACGUGCUGGACCUGUGCCGCAUUCGCGAGUCUGUGAGUGAGGAGCUGCUGCAGCUGGAGGCCAAGCGGCAGGAACUCAACAGCGAGAUCGCCCGGCUCAACUUGCGCAUCGAGGCCUGCAAGAAGAGCAUCGAGAGUGCCAAGCAGGACCUGCUGCAGCUCAAGAACGUCAUCAGCCAGACGGAACACUCGUACAAGGAGCUCAUGGCCCAGAACCAGCCCAAGCUCUCGCUCCCCAUUCGCCUGCUGCCCGAGCGGGAUGAUGGUGGCGGUGGUGGCGGCGCCGGCCUGCCGCCGCCCCGGGCUCCCCGCGCCUGUCGCCUGCACAACUGCUUCGACUACUCGCGCUGCCCGCUCACCUCGGGCUUCCCGGUCUACGUCUACGACAGCGACCGGACAGCCUGGGGUGCCGCGCUGGACCCCUUGGUCAAACAGGCCUUCCAGGCUGCUGCCCAGGCCAGUGUGUACGUGACAGAGGACGCAGACAUCGCCUGCCUCUACGUGGCCCUGGUCGGCGAGCUGCGGGAGGAGUCGGUGGGGCUGCCGUCCGCCGAGCUGGAGCACCACCUCCGAGCCCUGCCGCACUGGCGGAGCGACGGGCGCAACCACAUGCUGCUGAGCCUGGCACGCGGGCCGGACGCGCGGAACCCGCUGUACAACGUCAGUACCGGCCGGGCCAUGGUGGCCCAGGCCACCUUCUAUGCCGCCCAGUACCGGCCGGGCUUUGACCUGGUGGUGUCGCCGCUGGUGCACGCCAUGGCUGAGCCCGACUUCCUGGCUAUCCCCCCACAGGUGCCUGCCAAGCGCAAGUACCUGUUGAGCUUCCAGGGCGAGAAGCCUGAGUCUCUGCCCUCUAGCCUGCAGGAGGCACGCUCCUUCGAAGAGGAGGUGGAGGGCGGGCCACCCGCUGACUACGAUGACCGAAUCAUUGCCACGCUCAAGGCCGUGCAGGACAGCGGGCUGGACCGCGUGCUGGUGGAGUUCACCUGCAAGAACCCGCCAAGGCCCAGCCUGCCCACCGAGUGGGCGCUCUGUGGGACACGUCAGGACCGCCUGGCCCUGCUCCGCCGCUCAACCUUCGCCCUUCUCAUCGCGCCAGGCGACCCGCGGCUGCUGAGCUCGGCGGGCGGUGCUACACGGCUCUUCGAGGCGUUGGAGGCUGGGGCUGUGCCCGUGGUGCUGGGCGAGCAGACGCAGCUGCCCUACCACGAUGUGCUGCAGUGGAGCGAGGCCGCCCUGCUGCUGCCCAAGCCCCGCGUGGCCGAGCUACACUUCUUGCUACGCAGCCUGUCAGAUGGCGACCUACUCGCCAUGCGGCGCCAAGGCCGCUUCUUCUGGGAAACCUACUUUGCCACAGCGCACAGUGUGGUCAGCACUGUGCUGGCUGCCCUCCGCACGCGCCUCCAGAUCCCUGCCGCACCCAUCCGUGAGGAGCCGGCCGCUGCCAUCCCACACCGCUCGGGCAAGGCGGCGGGCACCGACCCCAAUCUGGCCGACAACGGGGACCUGGACCUGGGCCCCGCGGAGACGGAGCCGCCCUACGCCUCGCCUCGCUACCUGCGGAACUUCACGCUUACUGCGGCUGCCAUCUACCGCAGCUGGAACGUGGCGCCCGGCCCCUUCCACCUCUUCCCCUACACGCCCUUCGACCCGGUGUUGCCAUCCGAGGCCAAGUUCUUGGGCUCGGGUACUGGCUUUCGGCCCAUCGGCGGUGGGGCAGGAGGCUCUGGCAAGGAAUUCCAGGCGGCUCUGGGUGGCAACGAGCCUCGGGAGCAGUUCACCGUGGUGAUGCUGACAUUCGAGCGGGAGGAGGUGCUCAUGAACUCGCUCGAGCGCCUCAACGGCCUUCCCUACCUCAACAAGGUGGUGGUGGUCUGGAACUCGCCCAAGUUACCCUCCGAGGACCUGCUCUGGCCUGAUAUCGGGGUGCCCAUUGUGGUGGUCCGCACCGAGAAGAACAGCCUCAACAACCGCUUCCUGCCAUGGAAUGAGGUUGAGACUGAAGCCAUCCUGUCCAUCGAUGAUGAUGCCCACCUGCGGCAUGAUGAGAUCAUGUUCGGCUUCCGGGUAUGGCGAGAAGCUCGGGACCGCAUCGUGGGCUUCCCUGGCCGCUACCAUGCCUGGGACCUGCCUCACCAGUCCUGGCUCUACAACUCCAACUACUCCUGCGAGCUGUCCAUGGUGCUGACAGGCGCCGCCUUCUUCCACAAGUAUUAUGCCUACUUGUAUUCCUACGUGAUGCCACAAGCCAUCCGUGACAUGGUGGACGAAUACAUCAAUUGCGAGGACAUUGCCAUGAACUUCCUGGUGUCCCACAUCACACGUAAGCCCCCCAUCAAGGUGACGUCACGCUGGACCUUCCGCUGCCCGGGCUGCCCACAGGCCCUGUCCCAUGAUGACUCGCACUUCCAUGAGCGGCACAAGUGCAUCAACUUCUUUGUGAAGGUCUAUGGCUACAUGCCGCUGCUCUACACGCAGUUCCGGGUGGACUCGGUGCUCUUCAAAACCCGCCUGCCCCACGACAAGACCAAGUGCUUCAAGUUCAUCUAGUGGCAUGGCAGGAAGGAGGAAGCCCAAAGCAAGAGCGGAAGGACUUGCCCCCUACCCCCAUGGUCCUGUGGGUUCCGAGAACCCCUGGGACGGUUGGGUGAGGUUUUGAAGUUCGGUGACUACCGAGAUGGUUAUUUAAAAGGACAAGUUCCAGCCACACCAUUCAAGGCUGAUCUGUUUUAGCGUGCACGCACUCGCAACCGCACACUCAAACACGCACACGUGGACACAGGCCCUGCAGGGACUGAUGUCCUGAGGAACCUGGCCUGGCCUUACAAGGGCCCCCAAUGGGGCUGCUGCUGUCCUGGGGUCUCAGGCCAGCCCUUGGGGUCCAGACUCCCCCACUGUGGUGUCGGGCAAUGCUGGUGGUCAGUUGGCCCUGCUCCAGGACAUGCUGGUUCUGGAAGGUUCUGUUGUGGCACGGGACUCUACCUGUCUCCCACCAGGCAUUCCUCAUCUUUGCACCAGGCCACGCAAGCGCCUGGCUUCCACCAUCUGUCCAGCUGUGGGGGACCCUCCCCCACCCUAUUCCCGCUGGCCGGGCUCUCAGGAGGCCGUUGCCCUUAUGCCUGUAUGCUGGAGGCCUUGUGACCACUGGGCAACUCUGGGUGGGGAGGGGGCACUGAUCGAUCGGCAGGGACUCAGCCCAUGGCCUCUUUAUUUCUGGGGCCCACUUUGCUCCUGGGAAGUGGAGUUGGGGGUUCCUCCGCAGGGGGAUAGAGCUUGAGCCUGGCCUGGUCAAGCACAUGCCUUAAAUCGGUUCCGUCUUCCCUUUACCCCCUUCCCAGGCGCCCGCUUCUCUGGGGCACUCAUCUCCCCUCUUGUACCAAAUGGUCCUCAUGUGUCCCUUGGACAUAUCCUUGAGGUCUCAGUGGUUUUCUCAGAGCCUCGAGGAUAUGAGUGGAGUGUUAGUUCUCAUCUCCACCCCCACCCUCGAACUUCUUCUCCGUGACCCCCUCCCCCAGUUCUUUCUUAGCUGUAGCCUUCUCUUCCCAGGAGCCCAGAAGUGGGAUGUUGGAGCUGUGCCCAUGGCUGCUACUUGCAUCUGUUACUGUUCUCGGGAGCUCCCCAGCAGCCUUUUCAGGGGGCCCCAGUGGGGGUUGCACCAUGUCAGAGCAGGCUGGGUACUGUGGGGCUGGGCAGGACCCUGGUUCAGGCACCAGGACCUGGUAUGGGGGCUUCUGCCCAUCACCCUUGGGUGAAGUGAUGACCAUAGAGGCGGUUGCUGCUGACCAUGAGCGGGACAGGGUCCCCAAUGCCGUUUUCUGCACCCCAUAGUGCACCUACACAAACCCCUGCAGACAGGCCCCGCACUUGCCGGCUGUGUGUGGGUACGACCCGCUCUGGUCCUCCUCCGCCAGCCCUGCCCUCUCCUGUCACGAGCACAAACAAGGGUCCUAGGCGGAGUUUUGUAAGAAAAAUGAAAUAAAUGGAGACUUUGACUCGA